CUCACAAAUUAAUAGAUGGAGAUGCAAAGCAAUUGCGACUUGGAACUUCGCCUUGUUACUCCUUAUGAAUCAAGCAGCUCUGAAAAUCCACAACCAAAGAAAGAAUCUCAGAUAUUAACCAUUUUCUACAACGGGCACAUAUGUGUUUCUUCAGAUCUUACCAGUCUCCAGGCAAAAGCUAUACUAUCACUAGCUAGUAAAGAUAUGGAAGGGAGAUCAUUAUCAUUGAAAAGCUCAGACAGCUCGUAUCCUUCAAUAAUUCCUAACAAAUUGACCCGACUUCAUCAUCAAAAGGCCUCUAUGAAGAGAUCUCUUCGUAGUUUUCUUCAGAAACGGAAUGUUCGGAUGCAGGCUUCUUGUCCUUACAACCAUUCUCCAUAACUCUAUUUAUCUUUCAGCUUUUCUCAUUUUAGACAUUAAGUUAGCACAAUUUUUUUGUUUAUAGGAUUGCUUUUCCUGCUGUCUUCUUUUUACAUAAUAUAAAGAACCGUGGUAGUUUAAGAGUUUUGAAGUUUCAGUUUUGCCAAUAAACUAAUUGUGUACUAAAUAGAGAAUUAUAAUGUCAGAUUUAAACGACAUAAACCUAGGAAACACAAAAGCCAAUUAUAAAUUUGAUCGAAUUGUUGUACUUUUUAUAUUAAAAGUUCAUGACUCAUAAUCACGUUUACAGAAGGAAGAACCAAUAGGUAGCCCAAACCGUAGACUCAACUAUGGAGUCCAAAACAGAUGGGGAACAAAGCCCACAGAAGAAAACACACUAACCAUCAGAAUUAAAUUUUUGAUAGGCUUAAUCUACUAACCCCCAAUCUAAAUGGUCUAAGAAAUUUUCUAUAUCAAAUGCUGUUUUCGU